CCAGAUAAAAGGGUUGUUUUUCAUGGUUGUUUAGAAGUAUCUUUAUUGUUUGCCGAGAUUGUAGUUCCCUUACGUGUAUGUUUCCAUUCCGUAGUUAUCAAUUAAGUUAAGUCUCGUAGUUGUGUUCGUAGUUCGAUAGGGCCGUUAGUAAUGGCGCUUAAACAUUUCCGGACGGUGACACCAAUGUUAAAGGCCUCUUUUCAGAGCAAGACAUUUGGACUGUGCCAGAGGACUUCCUUGAUGGCAAACUCCUACAGUGUUUCGACAGUGGACGAAAACGCCACAAGCCAGGCCGUGGUCUCGGAGCGAAGGGGACGCAUGGUCAUUGUGGCAAUAAACCGGCCAGAGGUGCGGAAUGCGGUGAACCAGGAGACGGCGGGCCGUCUGCUGGAGGAGUUGCAGGCCUUUGACAGUGACCCAGAAUUGAACGUGGCUGUCCUGCAUGGGAGAGGAGGGAAUUUCUGCGCUGGUUAUGAUCUGAAGACGUUGGCCAAUCAAAAAGCCCCCCUUAAAUUGGAGCAAGAUGUUACCAAGGGUCCUGGUCCAAUGGGUCCGUCCCGUUUGCAGUUGUCCAAGCCUCUGAUAGCGGCGGUGAGCGGCUUCGCUGUGGCCGGCGGCCUGGAGCUGGCCCUGCUGGCAGACCUGCGAGUGGUGGAGGAGAGCGCCGUCAUGGGGGUGUUCUGUCGCCGGUUCGGAGUCCCCCUGAUAGAUGGAGGCACAGUGCGUCUCCCACGUCUCAUUGGUCUAUCAAGAGCCCUCGACUUAAUUCUGACUGGACGACCGAUCGGAGCACAGGAGGCUCUUGCCUAUGGACUGGCCAAUAGAGUUGUUCCCGAUGGCCAAGCGCUACAGGCAGCUGUGGAGCUCGCCGAACAGAUCGGCAGCUUCCCUCAGCAGUGUCUGCGGGCGGACCGCUCCUCAGCCGUGUACAGCUGCUAUGACGCGCCGUCUUUCACGCAGGCCAUGCAGUAUGAAUUUGAGCAUGGCGUUCCGAUCAUCCAAUCAGAAGCUAUUGCCGGGGCGACCAAGUUCACUUCAGGAGAAGGAAGAGGAGGAAAGUUCUCCUAGGAUUUCACAUCUUGGUGUAUUCCUAGGUCAUAGGUCGCUCGCGUGAUCUCUGAAGGCCUUCAUUUUGCUGGACGCUUGGCUGCUUUUUCGCACCAUUUCCAGAACAAGCUUAGAUUGUGUCCAUAGAGAUUUUAUGAACAGCCAAUCACAACAGCACAUCAUUUUCCCCCCCAUUUCUUUAGUGGCCCCCGCAAACAGGAACUAUACCUUCGGUUUUCACCGAAGCCUCAUCAUUGGUUAAUCAUUACAAAUAUCUGACUGGAAUUAAGGAAUUAACAUGGCAACAAAAGGCCAAAGUGUGCCAAAUGAAACAAUAACUGAACAGAAAAUCAGUGGCCAGAGCCCCAAACAUUGACGUUAUGCCAGCAGUUUGCGAUCAUCUAACAGAACAGAACAAAAGACAGCCAGAAUGUCCUCAAAAACCUGGAGAGAAAAAAACACUUGUCCCAUGUCCUGUUUUCCUUGCAAUAAACAAAAAAUUCUACCAUUCUGAAAUCAAAAGAAAACUGGGAAAAAUGCUUUUCCCAUAAUGAAUCCCGUCUUUGUUAAAAUUUCUCAGAUUUGUGUGCGAAAAGGCCUUGAGAAUAAACCUGCUGCUCGGAUUCCCUUUAUUAAAGGUGGGAUAGGCUGCGCUUUCUUCAUCGAUGAGUAAUAUUUAAGAGUGACUGGGGACCCUGUGUGUGUUUCUGUGGAGUGCAGAGCUAAUCCGGCACAGAAGACCUCAAAGGCGUCACAAGCUGCAAACCUGCUGGAGCUCGUCAUUGUUCUUUGACUCAGUUUAAAAAAAAAACCUGCGAUAACUGUCUCCCGCCGUACGCGUGCAGGGCAUGCAAACAAUCCAAAACAAAGUGGCGUAUUUACAGAACACGUCAGGGUUGUGGUAGAUUAUUCUUUCAGUUUGUAGGCAUUCCUCUGACCUCGGUGCGGACUUCCUCUCGGUUCAAACACACGUGCGAUUCUCUUUAUGCGCAAGCGUGCGUGAACUGUGAACAUUUGAGGGGUCUUGAAAAUGUCUCCUACGGGGAAAAGCAAAAAAAAGUGUAGAGGGGUGUGUGUGUGCGUGCGUGUGCGUCUGAGAGUAAAGCAGAUACAGACGACAAAGACCUCGUUAGCUUUAGGAGGUGUCCUGUCUAGACGGUGUGAUGACAGGACACAGAGCUCCUGUUUAAUGUUUCCUCAUCCCUCUGCUUCCAAUUCACCAUACACACACACACACACAUAUCAC